UGUUUGGACUUGCCUAUCACAAGCCAGAUGGCAAAACAUCAGAAGUAAAAUUGUCUGUGAACACACAAAAUCACACGAAAAAAUCUCGGAAAAAAAAAUUGUACAAAAUUUUACCGAUUCGCUCUCGACCUGAUUUAAAAUUUUGUUUCGGCCGAACUUCAAAUUAGGAAUACAAAAGAACGGUGUGUCGAGUGUGUACCAAAAUCAAAUCGUGUUUAGCUAGUUGACGUCUGGAUAUAUGCUACUUUGACUAGUCGUUUACUAUUUUCAAGUGAUCGGAAGCAAACGUAGACUCGAUUAACCAUGGGUAAAAAGGGCAAAGGAAAGAAGGGCAAGAAGCCCGCGGCAGUUGUGGCUCCCAUCGAGGCACCACCAUGUCCUCCGUGUCCGGAACCACCAAAGCAGAUGCAACCACUUGACGCUUGUCCAGAGUCUAGCGGACCCCACGAUGUCCUUCGGGCUCAACCGAAUCAUUACCCGGCUCUUCUUCGUAUUCCGGAAACGAUGGCGGUGGUGGGCUCUGAGAAUGGAUGCUACGAUAGCAUUUGCAAGCUCCUGAGAGCCGGAUUCCGGUGUGCCGAGCGAGUUUUCGUGAUGGCCCCUUGGGGCAACUACGUGGUGUUCCGGUAUCACAACAAUAAUGACUUUAUUUACUUCCUGUUUGAUGGAUGCACCUGCGAUGUUAAUAGGUUCCGCUAUCUAGACCUCAGCUGCGGAACUGCCGGAUUUCUUUUCUUCGAUAAUAUGCACGACGUCAUUAGUUAUAUUAUCCAGUCUCGAAAGACGCGUCUAUAUCUGGAGAAUCUAAACAAGAUUGCCAUCGAUCAGAUUGUGGAGGAGUAUGGCGCUGUAACGUACACCCAAAAGGCGAAAUGUAUGCGAUUCGCUUAAAUGGGUCCCAUAUGAUUUCUAACAAAAUAGUGGAACGCAAACACACGACGAGGAUAAUACUGGACGCCAGGCUUUGCUUUAAACAUUUAACAUAUUUUGGUACAAUCUUUAUCAAUAAAUAAUAAUCACUUUGAAAGCAAA